GAGCUCAGGUAAUCUGCACCUUGAACACACUCUGAGCUUCAACAAACAAACACACACACACACACACACACACACACACACACACACACACUACUGUGGAGCGGAUUAUACUGCACACACUUGGAACUCGGACAACUCAAACCUGCAAUACACUGAGCAGGAACGUGAUGGCCUCCAGUGAGCUGAGCCACAUCUUGAAUAAUGCUAACGCUAACCUGUACCCUAACGAGCAGAGUUUGUCUACUGCCAGCUUUCCUACGAUGCACCGCAGCACAUCAUUUAACGACACACACUACUGCAACAACAACAUACACAACACAGUCGGUAUGUGGCAGCAGGUGAACCCUCAGUUCUGGAGCAGGCGUAAUGUUCUUGACUGGAUUGACUUCUAUGUGGAGGAGAGUAAAUAUGAUGCCACGCUGCUGAACAUGGACCGCUGCAACAUGGACGGCUCGGUGCUGUGCUCGCUCAGCAGGGACGCCAUGAUGGCCGUCUUCGGGCCGCAGCUCGGGGAGACGCUGUACCACAGCCUGGAGAACCUCAAACACAAACAUGUUGAUGACAUCACUCUGAAUGAGACGUACGAGCUACUGAGCAACUUCCUGUUGGACCUCCCUCAAUCACCGUUUAACGACGGCCCAACACUCGACAGCGUGAUCGUCCAGAACGUUCCCCCAAGUAAUAAAGACAGUGACUUCAGCUACUACAACGAGUAUAAAACACAGCUAACACCAGGAAGUGACAAUGGCUACGAGUCGUAUUCAGAGAGUCUGCAGAGCUCCAUCACAGGAAGUUUCUUGAACCCAAGUUCUCCAGAAUCUGCUGGAAGUGAUUCAGAUCCUGAAAACACAGAGACACACUAUACUUACUCACCAAAGAGAUUCAUUAAGCAGGAGCCCGUGGAGAAGAAGAGACGAGGUCGACCUCCUAAACUGGCCCGAGGCUCCGAGCUGUUUGUAGAGAACAAAAAGAACAAACAUGCUCCCCGCGGUACACACCUGUGGGAGUUCAUUCGCGACAUUCUCAUCCACCCAGAGAAGAACCAGGGCCUGAUGAAGUGGGAGGAUCGCAGAGACGGAGUCUUUAAGUUCCUUAAGUCUGAGGCUGUGGCUCAGCUGUGGGGACAGAAGAAGAAAAACAGCAGCAUGACUUACGAGAAACUGAGCCGAGCGAUGAGGUAUUACUACAAGAGAGAAAUCCUGGAGCGAGUGGACGGCAGGAGGCUCGUGUACAAGUUCGGGAAGAACUCCAGUGGAUGGAAGUUGGAGGAGUUGGGAAUGUGAUGGGAAUGUGAUGGGAAUGUGAUGGGAAUGUGAUGGGAAUGUGGAAAAAUGUCAUGAAGGACUUUAGUGUAGAGACGCAUGGUUAGCGUUAGCUUUAGCGUGAAGGCUGUUUUUUAGCUGAACUCCCAGCUCUGAGGGAGGAGCGUGACAGAGACGCUGUAAGCCUAUACUGGCUAAAGUAGGUUUUAUGAACCGAUAAUAAUGUUGUGUUGUCAUUCAUGUUGCUUUUUAUCUUUUAAGAUUCUUCACUUUUUUUUUCUCUCCAAGUCUGUGUUUCAGUGCUGUUUUUAACGCUCAUCCGUCCACUUUCCAUCAUUAUUUCCACAAAUUAUCCAGAAGACUUUAAGAGCAGCUUAACUUUCCUUACUAAUGUCAUUAUAUAUUAUAACAAUCUGUUUCACAUUUAUUAUUGAGUUCCUGCUGACUAUUAAAUCUGUCAUGAGUACAUGAUGGAAAUCAGGAACCAUGAGGGACCUGGAGUUCCUUUACACUACAGUCCAACAGGAACACAUUACAUCCCUUUAUCUGGACUCUGUAGACACUGUGUGAUGGAGAUGAUGAGUGUGUGGAGGUUCCUCGAGGAACCGCACUGAAACUCAGACAGUGUAAAUGUGUACAUUUUAAAACAUUUUCAGGUUUUGUGCCUGCUGGAAAAUAAGUGUCAAAUGUCUAAAUGUCUUUCUAUUUUAAAAUCAACUUUUCCUUCUUGUUUAAAUGUAGAACAAACUGAAGAGAUUAAAAUUGUAAUGAAUCAUUUUACUGCCACAUGAAGUUUCAGCGGAACGCCAUCACAUCACACUGCAUAUUAUUGUGUUUGUUCUCUUUAAUACAGCUGAUAACAAAUCAAGAUGAGUGUGUGUGUGUGUGUGUGUGUGUGUGUGUGUGUUCAGGGAGAGGGAUUUUGUUCUGUUUAGAUGGUGUGUGUUGUAAUCACACACGCUGUCUCUUGUAUGAGACGUAUUUCUCAGAUUUAUAUCACAGAAACGAUACUCACUAAUGUGUAUGACAUAUUGUUCGAUUUUUAUAUCAGAAUUUUUAUAAAUAAAGAUGAAACUCUUCUGAAA